CAUAUGUUGUUUAUCAGUUGCCGAUACAUAUGACAUCUACGGCACCUUACCCAGUAAUUGAAAUAAACGCCAAUCAAUUUUUUGCUCACCAGUGUCGAUUGUGUCUAGCACUAGCAGCUAUGCGCUAACGUUAGCUUGCUUAGAUGCUAACUUGCUUCUGCUAGCCAUUGGUGAAAAUGUAAAGAGGAUGAUAUAAUUGUAUCCCAUUUAUUAGCCUGUCAGUUAAUUGUUGCUUGCUUAAUUCUAGUUGUGGCUGACAUACUGACAUUUAUACGUUAUUCUCAACGCUGUCACUCGGUUUAAAGCGACUGUCACUGUAGCAGACUGUAGCUUUCUUUUGUUGCAGAGAGAGCUAACGCUAGCUGUCAGUGUCAGUCAUCUGUUUACAUUUGGUGACCAGCACGGGUAAUGACAAUCUGCUGUUUUAUAUUAUACUGACAGUCAUACAGCUUUCGGGCGUUUUAAUCAAUGUGCGAAAGCAAAAUAAUGUAAGAAUUGUAAUUGUGCAGUUAAGGCAAUGCUGUAAAGGAGAUUUCUGGAGAUUGAAAUGUUAUUUAUAAAAAGCUGAUUAUGUGAUGCCUCAUCAAAAGGGACAUUAAAACGUUUCUUCAAUAUGUGCAUAUUUUAUGUCAAGGGAUGCACGAUAUUGGAUUUUUGCCGACAUUUAAAUGUAGUUCAGACCUACAUCUUCAGUCUUUAAACGCACAAUUUAAAGUUUGAGGAUGAACGAGUUAACAGAUUUCAGUCAUUAAAACACAUUUAAAAUGUAAGGAAUGAUGAUGACUAAAGACAAAGACGUCAGCUGACAGAGGUCUGUUGGCAGAGCCUUAAACUCCACUGACGAAAGUAGAAAUUUACACAUCUGCUGAUAUUGAUCAUUUAAUAUUUUAGCUAAAAUCUGCUGAUAUAGAUAUCAUGGCAGUAAUAUUGUGCAUUCCUAGUUAUGUCUGAGAUAAAAGAUUGCUUUCUGUAGAAAACUGCCAUGCUGGGAUUUUAAAAAUUGUAAUACCGCAUUACAAAAACCGCUUUGCUGUUAUACUUGGGAUGCAAUUAAUUUGUUCUUUUGUAAAAGCAGCACACAUUGUAAUCUAAUACGUUAUCUUCAGGUGUUUAUUUAUGGUAGAGGACAGUGCAUAUUGUUGAACAUGGACAUGUAAAUGUGCUAGAUUGUAGCCAGAGGCUAACUCCAACUUCUUGAAAAAUCUGUUCCAGUGUGCCCUAGUGUCACCCCUGCCUGGGUGACAUGGUCCUCAGUUACACAUGAGCUCUACUAUGUGGUACAUCAUGCAAAGCAUUCAAAGUAAAUACUCCUUGUCUGAGCGGCUCAUCCGCACCAUCGCAGCCAUCCGCUCAUUCCCACACGACAAUGUGGAAGAUCUCAUUCGGAAGGGAGCUGAUGUGAAUAGGAUGCAUGGCACACUGAAGCCUUUGCACUGUGCCUGUAUGGUCGCUGAUGCUGACUGUGUGGAACUGCUGUUGGAGAAGGGGGCAGAGGUAAAUGCUCUGGAUGGAUACAACCGCACAGCCCUGCACUAUGCAGCGGAGAAAGAUGAGAGCUGUGUGGAGCUGCUGUUGGAAUACGGGGCCCAGCCAAACGCCCUGGAUGGUAACAAGGACACCCCACUACACUGGGCAGCCUUCAAAGACAACCCAGAGUGUGUGAGAGCCUUGCUGGAGAGCGGGGCCUGUCCCAAUGCCCGGGACUACAAUAAUGACACACCUUUGAGCUGGGCAGCCAUGAAAGGCAACCUGGAGAGUGUCAAGGUGCUAUUAGACUAUGGAGCCCAGGUCCACGUGACUAAUCUCAAGGGCCAGACCCCUAUCUCUCGACUGGUGGCCCUGUUGGCCCGGGGCCUGGGCACUGAUCAGGAGGAGGAGUGCCUAGAGCUGCUGUGUAGGGCAGCGGGGCAGUUUGAGAUCCGACGGGCUGACGGCACGCUUCCUAGGGAGCUGAGUAAGGAUCCACAGCUGCUGGCGAGGCUCACAAACAUGGUGGCUCAGGCUCCGACUCUUCGCUCUCUGGCACGCUGUGCUGUCCGAAAGAGUCUCGGAGUCCAGUACCUCCCCACUGCUGUAAAAGAGCUUCCCUUACCAGAGACUAUCAAAGAAUAUCUACUACUCAGAGACUGACUUUGUUAAAUUAUUGGCUAGUUUGGAAACAGAUUGUUAAACUGCAUUUUUUGGCAAGGAAGUGUCUGCAUUGAGUUAGAGGUAAUCCUCAGACAGUAUCCGUUAUGAAUUAAACCUUGAAAUAAAUAUAGAUUUGUUCUCUAGGGAGAUGUACAAACCUCUCUGAUCUAUUAGUUGGUAUACAAUGAAUGGUGCAGAUUGAUAAAUCUGAUCAGUUUCAGUUGUUGAAAGACCAACUCAUAUUUGAAUUGUGUCAUGAAAGCAUCAGAGUUGUUAUACAGUCUAUGAUAAUAACAUUGGGGCGAGUAAAAAGACGUCUUGAUGCACCAUAGUUUUUCUUACCCACUCUGCAUGGAGUACACAAACAUGCUAUGACAUCACCAUCAAAAUCUCUAGAUGUUCACAAAAAGCCUGUCGAUCUUCAGCUUUAUGUUGGCUUAUUGUUUUUGUUUUCACCUGACGUUUUAAAUAAAAUUAAAGAAAAAAUGUCAUGAUGUUUUGUCACAAAGAAGUGUUUAUGGCCAGCAGGUUAAAUAUAAGUUAGAUUAAUCCAUACAGUUUUGCAGACGUUUCCUUAUUGAGAAGGAAUUCCUAAAGAGGAAUGUUGUUGAGUUUGUGCUAUAGUUGGAGAGGUUAAUUCUUUUUCAAUAAUGUCCCAGUAAACCUAUAGUGAUGGUCAAGGGAUCUAGCUAUAAAGCGGAGAAAUAUGUUUGAACAUUUGCUUUUACUUGAGCCGAAAUAUUCUUCUGAUCAGAAACAGUUUGAUUUAUUAUUAGGCAUCAGUUGUUGAAAAAUAUUAUAAGUGGAUUUACAGACGGGUUCAUAAAAUGUGGCGGCAACAUCUUCCAUCCAGUUCUCUAAAAAUGCUUAUUGAUGGUGUAACUUGACUCCUGUCUGAUGAAAGUUUUUUUCUUUAAUGAAGGGUGCAGUUGCCAAGGAUGACGACAUUAUUUUUUGAAAUGGGUGUUUUUAGUCUUAACUUGCAAGUUUUCAAGGUUGCUCCCUGGUCCAAAAUGUUGCAGUCUGUGUUUAAAAGUAACUUUAUUUUAAAGAACUAAAUGUUAGAAAGUUAGAACCAUGGAAUGGCAUGAUGACUACGUUUUUGUCCUAACAAUCACUAAAUGAGCUUGAAAAAUGUAUAUUUACAUCUUUUUAUGGGAUCUGUUAAAAACAUGACUGUGUCUGUGCUUGAGUUUGUUUGCUUGUUCUGCUGCUGUAUUUAAAAAAUUAACCCCUUAGAUCAUGUCUUGUGUACACCUGCAAAAGUGCUUUUUUUCUCGCUGUCAAUGUAAUGAAAGUAAAUGCCUUUAUACU